AUGGUAUCGUGAUGUCACCCGUUGGGCUUCUGAGGGCUCGGAACUUGACAGGCGCUUUGUCACACCACAGAGCUGUGUUAUUUGGUGCGGGUGUAGAAGCUGUAGGGUUGCGGUGUUCGUGAGACGCCAGUAUGAGCUCAAGUCAGGAAACAGUGGUCAUUGUAUCUGCAGCCCGCACGCCUAUAGGUUCAUUUAAUGGUGCCCUAUCUACUUUACCUGCCCAUACUCUGGGCUCUACUGUUAUCAGGGAAGUUUUGAAGAGAGCCUCCAUUCAGCCAGAAGAAGUGUCCGAGGUGGUAUUUGGCCAAGUUCUUACUGCAGGUGCAGGACAGAACCCAGCUCGGCAAGCCAGUGUAGCUGCGGGUGUUCCUUACAGUAUUCCAGCGUGGAGCUGCCAAAUGAUUUGUGGGUCUGGCCUAAAGGCAGUGAGCUUGGGGGCUCAGUCAAUACAGACCGGGGAGGCUGAUAUUGUUGUGGCAGGUGGUAUGGAGAGUAUGAGUCAGGCUCCUCAUUUAGUGCACAUGAGAGCCGGGGUUAAAGCUGGUGAUGUCGCCUUGCAGGACAGUAUAAUGUGUGAUGGCCUAAAUGAUGCAUUUUACAAGUAUCACAUGGGAAUAACUGCUGAAAAUGUGGCCAAACAAUGGCAAAUAACCAGAGAGGAACAGGAUCAGCUUGCUGUGCAGUCACAAAACCGAACUGAGGCAGCACAAAAAGCUGGUUAUUUUGAUAAAGAGAUUGUGCCUGUUUCAGUUCCUUCUAGAAAAGGCCCUGUGGAGGUGAAAGUUGAUGAGUUCCCCCGACAUGGUAGUAAUUUCGAUGCAAUGUCAAAAUUAAAACCAUAUUUUCUGAAGGAUGGAAGUGGAACAGUUACUCCAGCUAAUGCCUCAGGUAUCAAUGAUGGAGCAGCAGCUGUAGUUCUAAUAAAGGAGUCUGAAGCAAGACACAGGGGUCUGACUCCAAUGGCACGGAUAGUCUCCUCAGGGCAAGUAGGCUUGGAUCCCUCCAUCAUGGGAGUUGGGCCUAUUGCUGCAAUUAGAAAAGCAGUUGAAAAGGCAGGCUGGAGCCUUGAUGAGAUCGAUUUAUUUGAAAUAAACGAGGCCUUUGCAGCUCAAGCUCUGGCAGUGGUUAAAGACCUGGGCCUAAACCCAGAAAAAGUCAACUGUCAAGGUGGAGCUGUGGCCCUCGGUCACCCUCUUGGAAUGUCUGGUUGCCGAAUUUUGGUCACUCUACUUUAUGCCUUAGAAAGAACUGGUGGGAAAAAAGGAGUGGCUGCAUUAUGCAUUGGAGGAGGAAUGGGGAUAGCCAUGUGCAUUGAACGAACUAAUUGAAUUUUUCCCAUAACUAACGAGUGUAGGUGUUUUAUUGUUCAUCUGCACCCUUUGUACGUGGACACAACACUACAAACAAAUGAAAUGGGAAUUGAAGAACAUUCCAUAGGAGGUCCAGCUAUGAUGCCACUGAUAGCGUUUAUUAGAAAAUGACUUUGACCUUAAAUCUUGCAUUAAAAGCAUUUGUGUUUUAUUUAAUACAUACUGAUGUCGAUAGAAUAAUUGUGGCAGUUUUUGUUUUGCCCUCUAAAUUGGCCUUUAUGGAGGCUGUAUACAAUGUCUUUUAAUAAUAAACUUUAAUAAUCAA